AUGGCCAGUGGUGGCGCUGGCGAUGGCGGUGGCACGGUGAGGGUCCGCCGGGAGGUCUUCACUUCGGCGCUGCGGCGCCUCGAUGCACAGCUGGCCCAGGCCCGGCAGAAUGCCGAGGCCAUCUCCGAACGCAGCCGCGAAUAUCGGGAGCUGCGUGGCGUGCUGGCAGAGCUCCCCGACAAGGUGUCCCACCCGGUGAUGGUGCCUUUUGGGCCCAUGGCCAGCUUUCCAGGGCAGCUGGUGCAUACCAACGAGGUCCUCUGCCAGCUGUCCUCCGAGUACUUCGCCCUGCGCACCACCGGCAAUGCCUUAAAGAUGGUCGAUCGCCGGCUUCGGCGCCUCCAGGACGAGCAGACGAGCGCCGACCGCGAGCUCCAGGAGCUCUCGCUGCGGCGGCGUCUCGCAGGCGGAGAGUCCGAGGCGGAAUCUGCGAAUUCGGGCUCGGGUCCGGCGGGUAGCAGCAUCCGCGUGGACGAGAAUGGCUUCCUGGACAUCCGCGAGCCCUUGGAGCCCGAGCCGGCGCUUCCCAAGGAGUCUUCCGGUGCAGAAUCCGCAGAAGAGGACGCUUGGAAGUUUUGGCAGAACCCGGCGGCGCGGGACCGCGGAUCCGACUCCACCCUCUCGCGGCUCCGUGAGCUUGAGCAGAUGGAGGAGGGCUCCGACGGCCCGGCCGAGGCUCCCGGCGACUCCUACGAAGACGAACUCUCCGAGCUCGACCGGAUCGUGGAGUCCUACGCGGACGCAGAGGCGAAAGCUGGAGAGCCGAUGAACUUCGACCUGCUCCCCAAAGGGGCCCCGAAAGCCCAGGCCCCGAGCCCUGCCGAUCUCUUUAGGCUCAUGGAGUCCUCGGAGAGGCGAUCGAAGUCCUAUCCGAGUCCCGGAGCUCCCGAAGCUACCGGAGCUCGGGGAGCUCAGGGAGCUCAGGGAGCUUUGGAGCACCUUGGGGUCUCUGAGACCGUUCGGGAGCAUUCUCAGGUGGAGUCGGCAGCGAGCUCGCAGGGCCACGUCGCUCUCUCCCUCGAAGCGGGCUACAGGCCGAGCUUCCAGGCUUACAAGUCGGUGAUCCAGGCUUUCUUGAAUGAAAAGAACAUGGAUGCAGCACAGCUGUGGCUCCAGUGGAUGAAGGGAAACGGCACCACCCCAGACGAGAGCAUCUACUUGGAGUUCAUCAGGACAUCGCCAAGGAAGGUCGGACAAUGGCUCGAAAAAAUGGAGGAGGAGGGCGUGUCGGCAUCGGCUGAGAGCUACAAUGCCGCGAUCCGCUACUUCGCCUCCCUGCGCAGCGGGAAGGGCGCUCUGGCGGCACGGUCUUGGUUCGACAGGAUGCUUGAAGCUGGCAUCUCUGCAACAGAGGAGACCUACACCCAGAUGAUCGCGGCCUACGCGGGAGCCAACCAUACGGACGAGGCCGGCCAGUGGCUUUCCAAGCUUGCAGCCACCGGCAUCAGACCCCACAUGUCGGCCUACUCGGCGCUGAUGCAGGGCUAUGCCCGGGCGAAGGAUCCGGCCGGCGUCCGGCAAAUUCUCGACUGGGCCGUGUUGGAGGGGCUGACUCCCAAUGCCGGAUCCUACAACAUCGCCAUCAGAGCUUUCGCCGAAGCUGGUGAUGCGGCCUCGGCCGAGGAAAUGUACAAGAGGCUCACGGUGGCUGGGAGGUAUCCGAAUGAGAAGACAUUCCUCUUCCUCAUCCAAUGCCACGCUCGGCGCCUCGACUUCGACCGCGCGCGGGCCUGGUUCAAGGAAAUGCUCAGCAUGGACGUGAAGCAGCCGGCUCAGUGGUCGAUGGCCCACCUUCCCUAUCUAUGCCGCAAUGAUUCGGGGAGCGGCCGUCGCCGGGCGCGCUGA